AUGUCGGCUGCCAUUAACACUCGGCAACGAGUUAAUGCAGGUAAUGGUGAGAACCCUCCUGCCCUCCCGCUUCAGGCAUCCAAACCUGGACGGCAAUUUAGGCGAAGUGGCCGACUAGGCGCGUGUGUUUACUGCCAUGGUCGACGCUGUAAGUGUGAUCGCAUCGACGGUAAAAUUCCUUGCACAUCGUGCGAAAAGGCUGGAAUUGUCGAGUGCCUACCGUGGCAAAUCAUCCCUCGCCAAUCACCCCCUCGCUCUCAUCCUUCGUCUUCCAUUUCGCGUCCACCAGCAAAACAAACAACACCAGCCGCGGCCGCUAUACUAGCUAUACCAGCUACGCCAGCCACAGGAGCUACUCAAGCAAGCCCAGCAGAACCAGCAGGAUUAACAUCCCCUGCUACAAUGCCGCCAAGCCAUCAAGUUCGUGGCCAUCAGCGCACUGCUCAGGAGCAGGCCGACUACGAGGCUCGUAACCGCUUCCCAGAGUUUGUUCGGCAGUUGACCUUACGUGGGCAAUGGGCUGCUCGUCAGACAGGUUUUGGAUCUACAAAUGAACCACUGUACCACAUUCCGUCCGGGGAGACUCGUAACAUCAGAGACUUCGUUCGGGCGGAGCGUGUCACGAGCUUCAUCCGAGAACAAUAUCAGCCCGCUCAGCGAUCCAGCAUGCAAUCUUUCGCAGAGAUCGAAGCCAAGGAGGAGGUCGUUGACGGUAAUUUUGAUGGCUCGGCCACGAGAACCCUUCAGCCAGAGCAGAUUGUGCAGCUCGCCGACGACAACGCUGUUGCAAUUCUGGAACAAACCAACAUUUUCUCCUCUCCUGAUGUCGAAAUCCCUCCAUCAAACGCUACACCCCUCACCCAGGUUCAAGUCGCCGGACAGGAACUUGUUAGCAAGAACAAGAAGCGCAGACGUCCAAAGCAAAAAGCCAAGCAAGUCAUCGAUCUCGAAUUAGCUGAGACCGCACAGUGUUCUGUAUCUCCUUAUUCUACACCUGCUCCAUCCACCGCCACCGCUUCAUUCCAGUCUACCACAGUUGAAAACGACGAUGAAGACGGAACAAGUACUGUCCGUUCAACCCCUCCACCAACUGUAGUUACUCCAUCCUCCAUAGGAGGCGCCGAUACAGAAAAGCCUCCUCGUAAGAAGGGUAAGAAGAACAGAGGUCGCAAUCCCCGGCCAAGUGUCAAAGACGGUGGCUUGCUUCCUGAUCAAGGGGAGCGACACUACGAAGAUCAACCAUUCUUGCUGUGCUGCAAGCGAAUCACCGUACCCCAUCCUGUCAAUGACCACGACCAUGGUGACCUGAUGACACUCGCACAGCGCGUGGCUGGAAUGCUCCCUGAUGAGAUUGUUGUUGGUCCCAAGGCCGAAUAUGGAGUUGUAUGGUGUGAUUUCAAUAUCGUCUUCGGUCUUGCCUAUCACAUCAGGGCUUGCGGUGACAGAGGGAUAAACCUCUAUGGUACGGACAACUGGGGGAGCGGCGAGGUUACUGAGAUUCUGGUUCAAGCUCCAGAGACGGUCUCUUCAGUCGAGGCUCCUGGAGUUCAGAUCGAGUGUCUCGUACGCCAACGACACGGCGUCGACUUCGUCUACUACGGCUACGAUUCCCACGCCUUUACUAUCUUCGAAGUCCAGUGGCAGGCUCAAGGAGAAGCAAAGAGUCGCGAAGUCAUCCGCAAGCUGUGUGAAGAUACCGGCCGAGACUUUGCCCAAACACUCCGCAAGUAUCGCAUCGAGAAGCUUUACAUGCACUUGUAG